AUGGAAACUAGCCUGUCUGACCACAGCGGUCGGAUAACCCAGGUGGAACACGACGUGGGUAAACUACAAUCCAAUUUAAAGUCAGUCGUUCAAGAAAAUGCUGCGCUCAAGGCUAAAGUGGAAGAUUUGGAAUCAAGAUCAAAGCGUCAAAACCUCAGAGUGCUGGGAUUACCAGAAAACAUUGAAGGGAAGGACCCUAGGGAUUUUGUGGCGAAAAUGUUUUCUUCUCUGCUUGGUGAAAUACUCUCUGCCCCGCCGGAGCUUGAUCGCGCUCAUAGAAGCCUUCAGCCCAAGCCUCGGCCGGGAGAUCCGCCGCGACCUUUUAUAGAAAGAUUCCACAGAUACAUCGAGAGAGAGAUUGUGCUGAACUGGGCAAAAACCCAUAGAGACAUUUCCUACAACAGUAUCAGAAUCCGUAUUUUUGAGGACUUCAGUGUGGCGGUGGCAAAGAAGCGCUCAGCUUUCAACGGGAUCAAAGGGCUUCUCUACAAACGAGGAGUGAAGUUUGGCAUGCUGUAUCCAGCCCGUCUCCGUGUCACCUAUGGCAACAGAGAACGCAUCUUCGACUUCGCUGAAGACGCCGAAACAUUCUUCCAAGAGCGCAUCCUUUCCUCUGAGAAGUGUACUGCGGAACUUUUCAAGCUUCCAUUGGAAAAAGAGGGGCAGGUGGGUGGACCCAUCCUGGCCCAAGAAGAAUUGAAGACAAUAUUUUGCAGCAUCCCAGAAAUCUACGAAGUACACACUAGAAUUAAGAGUGACCUUGAGGAGCUCUUGACAGACUGGUCAGAAGACAAGAGUGUAGGUGAUAUCAUCCUCAAAUAUUCUAAAGAGUUGGUGAAGGCCUACCCACCUUUUGUCAACUUUUUUGAAAUGAGCAAGGAAACAAUUGUUUCUUGUGAAAAACAAAAGCCUCGCUUCCAUGCUUUUCUGAAGAUCAACGAGGCCAAGCCAGAGUGCGGCAGGCAGACCCUGGUGGAGCUGCUGAUUAGACCUGUACAGAGACUCCCCAGUGUGGCCCUUCUUCUUAACGACAUAAAGAAGCAUACUCCAGAUGAUAACCCAGACAAGAUAACACUGGAGAAAGCCAUUGAGUCGCUGAAAGAAGUUAUGACUCACAUCAAUGAGGACAAGAGGAAGACUGAAGGCCAGAAGCAGAUCUUUGAUGUUGUUUAUGAAGUUGACGGCUGUCCUGCCAACUUGCUGUCUUCCCAUCGCACUCUGGUUUACAGAGUAGAAACAAUAGCCCUGGGAGAUCAGCCUUGUGACCGUGGAGAACAUGUCACACUCUUCCUCUUCAAUGACUGCCUUGAGAUUGCAAGGAAGCGACACAAGGUGAUCAAUACAUUUAAGAGUCCGCUGGGACAGACGAGACCACCACCCCCGCUCAAACACAUCACACUGAUGCCGCUGUCCCAGAUUCGAAGAGUACUGGACCUGCAGGACACAGAGGAUUGCGUGAAUGCAUUCGCCUUGGUGGUUCGCCCUCCAACUGAACAGGAGAACUUGUUGUUCAGCUUUCAACUGGCUGGAGAGGAAAUGGUUAAAAGUGUCUUGUUGCGAACACUAUGCCGCCAUGUUGCCAACACCAUCUGCAGGGCUGAUGCGGAGGACCUGAUUCAGUGUACAGACCCAAACUCCCUACAGGUCAACACCAAGGAUAUGGACAGCACCCUAAGCAAAGCCUCCAGGGCCAUCAAGAAGACCUCUAAAAAGGUGACGAGGGCGUUCUCUUUUACUAAGACCCCAAAACGUGUGAUCCAGAGGGCGUUCAUGGCUAACAGUACUCCAGAUGAGAAAAGUCAGAGACUGAGUUGUGAAAAUCGCAUUGGCAGCAGCUCCACAUUGGCUAUUUCUCGCUCUACCUCCACGUUCAGUUUGAGUGAUUCUGCAAAGAGCAGUGCUGUGGUGCAGCGUUCUAACUCUCUGGACCAUCCUCCUGUCAGGGCCAGGGUUCCUGUCUGUAUACGUACCCCCUGCAGCCCAGCCCAAAACCCUGCCCAUAUCCCUGGCCCUGAGUUCAGCCAAAGCCUAUGCCCCGACUAUUGCCCUAGCACCCAAGAACCCAAGUCCAUUCUUCCUGCUCCAUUAGUGUCCCAAUCAGCACAAGCUCAUUCAGGCCUCUACAAUUCCCAACAGUCCACCUCGUCAACUCUUCCCACCUCCAUUCCAGCUAUCCAAAACUCCGCUCAGCUCAACCCCAAAACCUCCCAUCCAACAUCUAGCCAGCAUGUUUCCAGACACCUACCCUCUGUAGGGUUCCAGCCAAGGCUCCUUGUUCCUCAGUUGGUUAAUGUCAAAGGUAUGACUUUUUCUGAGUCAUGCAGGGAUCCUCAAGACCCCUUGGAACCACACAAGGCUGCCCUGAACAGUCCUCGCAGGGAGACUCUGCUCUAAACCAUGGCCAAGUUCAGUCCUGGAGUCUGAUGCACACCAUUCCCCCUCCAUGGUCAAUCUGCCCUCCAUGUUUGAGAGGAAGUACCACACAUUCAGUCGUUCAACCACCCACCUCUUCUGAACUGCUUGGAAGGGUGCAAAAAAGUAGAAGUCACCUAUAUAUAUGGCUAACAAGCAUUUGUCCAUACUGGAGCUCCUCACAAACUUUCCAAAUCCAAAAGGAAAAUGGCAUUGAAGGCACUGAAGAAUUCAUUGUUUAGCUACUGCUAUAGUGCUUCACCACUGCAACUUGGGCCAAGAAGGGUUAAAACAAUUAAACCAAUUGUUCAUCAACCUGAUGCCUACCAUAUGAUGUAUUAAGUUAGAUGUAUGCAGUUUGGUGCUUCUUUCUAAACAUACACAAUUCUUGAAUUAAGACUAGAAGCUAACUGGAAUGGUACUGCAUCUUGCUAAGGGCUACAGCUGUGUGAUUACAACUGUCAUAUAAAGUUCGCCUUACCCUUAAAAAAUGAAGGAUGCUCUGCUUUUUCUCUGCACUUGUUAAUGGAUUAUAUUGACAUGCUGAAUUUUUGUUGUUAAUUGCCUGUUCAGCUUCCUGGUUGGUUACCAUUGUUGGCAGUGUUUAGUGAAGUGUUAACACUUAACUAUUGACCAAGUAAACAAUGUCUGUCAUCUGGUUAAAAUUGGAACGUUUUGCUGUCCUUGAAUGCUAGUUUUAUUUCACUGUGCUUUGAAGAAAUAAAAAUACUUUUAACUGUACAUGUUUAGGUAUUUGUAUUAAACAAAUGUAGAUUGUUAAGCUCUUUGUGAGUUUUAUGUACUAGUUAAAAUUACAAGGUUGACCUCUCUUGCCCUUUACCGUGUUGUAACGUUUUUUUAAUUCCCUUUAUACCUUAUGACCUUUAUAUUAGCUGACAUUUAAUGAUGUUUUAAUGUAGUAGUAAUGGGGUAGACUUAAUUUCACCUGAUAUGAUAUAUUACUCCUGUAAUUAACCCACCUUCAACAUUUAAAUAUAAGAUAGUUUCCAGCUUUUAUAAAGCUUCUAUUGUAACAUUUAAGAGAAUCGGUUAGAAUAGUUAAAGCACUAAUAUUCUGUUCCCUGUACAGCCGUCCACAUUUUAAAAGAUGUCUUUACAGUGUGUCCAUUCCGUGUCUGUGUAAAUGUUUAAGAAGGAAUGCUGCAUCAGUGUACAUAUUUAUCCUUGACGAAUAUAUUUUGUUUUCUUUCUUUUUUUGCUAUUUAUGUUUCUAGUUUUAUCUCUCUUUUUAUCUAAUGCUGUUUUUAUUUAAUUAAAUCAACUCCUGUUUCAUCUCUGUAUUAAAUACACUAAAAUAUGUACCUG